AUAAAAUAUACAAAGUUCCUUUCUUUUCUCUUUUCACAUUCACUCAUACUAUAUAUUAUAUUUCACAAAUAUUUUAAUCACUCUGCAAUUCCUAUAUAUAAAUCCAAUAUCAAACACAGUUUCUUCUUUCAAACAUUCUUUACAUUUUGUUCGAUGCAACUUUCAAUAAUGAAUACGGCUACUAUUUUCAAUUCUUUUCAAUUACUUUUGAUUUUCACUUGCAUGUUGUUAAUUAAUGCAGCAAUAGUGACACAAGGUGCACGCUAUCAUCACGAAAGUACCUUCAACUAUUUAUCCUCUACAAACAUUUCCAACCAGAACCACCACUGGAUUGGACCCAUCGGUCACCGUGUAAUCACCGUUGAUGUUAACGGUGGAGGUCAGUUCCGGUCCGUUCAAGAAGCCGUUAAUGCCGUACCGGACAACAAUAGAAUGAAUGUCCUUAUUCAAAUCAGUGCCGGAUACUACAUAGAGAAGGUGGUGGUGCCGGGGACGAAGCCAUACAUUACGUUUGAAGGAGAGGGGAGGGAAGUGACGGUGAUAGAAUGGCAUGAUAGAGCGAGUGAUCCUGGUCCCAACGGACAACAACUACGUACUUAUAGAACUGCUUCUGUAACUGUCUUUGCUAAUUAUUUCUCUGCUAAAAAUAUCACUUUCAAGAACACAGCGCCGGCACCAAUGCCCGGGAUGCAAGGAUGGCAAGCGGCGGCGUUUCGGAUAUCAGGUGACAAAGCAUACUUUUCCGGGUGUGGUUUCUACGGCGCACAAGAUACACUUUGCGACGACGCUGGUAGGCAUUACUUUAAGGAGUGUUACAUUGAGGGUUCCAUUGAUUUUAUUUUUGGAAAUGGAAGAUCCAUGUACAAGGAUUGCGAGCUACAUUCAAUAGCAACGAGGUUCGGGUCCAUAGCAGCCCAGGAUAGGAAAUACCCAUACGAGAAGACAGGUUUCGCAUUCGUACGUUGCAGGGUGACAGGUACAGGCCCACUAUAUGUGGGCCGUGCAAUGGGCCAGUAUUCAAGAAUAGUAUACGCAUACACAUACUUCGAUAAUAUAGUUGCACACGGCGGUUGGGAUGAUUGGGACCACGCCAACAACAAAAACAAGACUGUGUUCUUUGGAGUGUACAAGUGUUGGGGACCAGGAGCAGAGGCCGUGCGUGGGGUCUCAUGGGCAAGGGAAUUGGAUUUCGAAUCUGCGCAUCCAUUUCUCGUUAAGAGUUUCGUCAAUGGAAGACACUGGAUCGCACCCACUGAUGCUUAGCCAUACCCAUAUGUUUUAACAUUUUUUCAUUCUUGUUAAUAUUAGGAAUUCUUUUGUUGAUAAUUCAUUCUUUCUAGAGGGGUUGUCGUUCUGUAGUGUACCAAGGUUGUCUAUUGACCAUUCUUUGAUCUCCUUCAAAUGUAUUAAGAUAUUAUUAUAUAAUUAUAAAGGUCCAAUUUUUUAUUUAUU